AUGCUUACUAUCAAUGUCUGCAUUGGGAUCUUUUUGCUCUUCCAGACCACAAUUGGAAUCCUGGCAAAAGUCUUCCUCCUUUCUCUUUAUAUUUUGAAUUUCCUAUCUGGCCAUAAAUUAAGGCCACUAAACUUGAUUCUGACCCAGCUAAUCUUGGCCAACAUCACUAUACUGGUAAGCAAGGGAAGCCCAGAACUACUACAGGCUUUUGGGAUAAGCUAUUUCCUGGAUGACAUUGGAUGCAAAAUGAUAGUUUCCCUUCACAGAAUUGCCCAGGGGCUUUCAAUUUCCUUCACCUGCCUUCUGUGUAGCUUUCAGGCCAUCACCAUCAGUCCCAGUGAUUCCACACUGUCAGACCUCAAAGCCAGAAUUCCAGAAUUAAUUUCUACCUUCUGUCUCUUUUGUUGGAUAUUUAAUAUCUUGAUAGAAAUUCCUGUGCCAAUAUUUGUGAGAGGACCAAGGAGUACUACAAACAAUACAAAUGAAUCUAAUGUUAUAUGUUGUUCAAUGGGAAUAUUGAUAGAUGUUUGA